AUGGCGGGGGCUGAAUCCGCACUACCCGCAGUUGAUCAUGUGGUGUUGGAUAACAGCGAUACUGAAGUCUCAGAGGUCGUGGAAUGCGAUUCCACAGUUGUAGAAGUGCUGGACAAGAGUGCCGGUGAAGAAGUUCGUCUGCAAUUUCCCUUGGGAAAUAAGGAAGAUGUAGAAUCCCUUGGCACAGUUUGUGAUCUUGAGAAUAAUGAGGGUAAUGUUGCUGAGGCAACCACUCUGAAUGUGGUUGCACUAGAAAUGUCCAUCUCUAGCAAGGUUUCAGAUGAAAGUAUUUCACUGGGUUGUCAAACACCAAGGGGAAACAUCUUUGACCCCUUUGCUCCAGGACCAGAGGAGGCGCUCUGCGGUGCGCCGAAGAAGAACGUGGUUAGGGGAGUAGAGACCCUCUCCCGCAGAAAGCUCAUCUUUGAAUCUGAUGACUUCCCAGUCAAGAGGUUAAGCUUUGAGUUUGAUGAUUCAGAGGAGGAAGAUCUGUAUCUCCAGGGGAUCUGCAAGAUGUUUCUUGAUCUGAUCAUCUCAAACCAAGCGCUGGAGGCAACCGGAGACGGCGAGGCUGUUCUGAUAGAUGCUGCCAUCCCACCUGAAAGCUACAAGACCCCUGAAUCAAAGCCUCUGCUCACCGGCAUCGCGGACACCUGCCCGGACGCUCCUCUGCGGCCAUCUCUGAAGAUGAUCAAGCUCAGCCCGGGCAUCUGCCGGAAGCUCGACUUCGGUUCGGUCAGCCCCAAGACUCUUUUCGCUGAAGACAAUAAGAGCUGA